AUGAGAAGCAUAGGCCUCACAACAUUAUUUGCUUGCCUCGUGCUGCUGAUACGAUGGGCGGCAGCAGGCCAGACCCACGAAUAUAACUUCACAACUGGCUGGGUACGAAGAAACCCGGAUGGUAUGCACGAGAAGAUGAUGAUCGGUUUUAAUGGUGAAUGGCCAAUUCCAGAUAUCCACGUCAAUAAAGGUGAUCGCCUCAUCGUGCGGCUAACUAAUGGGUUUGACGACCAGCCAACAUCAUUGCAUUUCCAUGGUUUCUUUCAUCGGAACGUGGACGAGAAUUCCAACCAGAUGGAUGGCCCUCAGAUGGUAACACAAUGUCCCAUCAUGCCUGGAGACACGUAUGUGUACAACUUCACGGUCGACAACCAGGUUGGCACGUAUUGGAUGCACUCACAUUCCGGAGCGCAGUACACAGACGGAAUGAGAACUGCUUUGAUAGUUCACGACGAAGACGAGCCGUUUGAAUACGAUGAAGAAAUGAUCAUUCAGCUCAGUGACCACUACCAUAAACCGUACUACGAGGUCAUGGAUGAAUUCCUCACCCGCUACAACCCUACUGGUGCUGAGCCUGUUCCUCAAAAUAUCCUCUUUAACAAUACGGUAAAUGCUUCGAUAAGUUUCGAUCCUGAUACCGUCUAUCUCCUGCGGUUCAUUAACGUCGGCAAUUUUGUGUCUCAAUACGUUUACUUGGAAGAUCACGAAUUUACUAUUGUCGAAGUCGAUGGUGUUUACGUCACACCAAACACCACCAGUUUGUUGUAUUUAGCCACAGGCCAGCGUACCACGGUUUUGGUCCAUUCCAAACCCGAGAGCAAUAAAAAUUACGCACUGAUGCAAAUUAUGGACGAGACCAUGCUUGAUGUUGUAACUCCAGGUUUGAUAUUGAACAGAACCAAUCAAGUUCUCUACAAUGGUGAGGCACCAUUUGCUGAUGAGUACUUUAUCGAUAGCUUUGAUGGGGUCACGAAUGAUUUUUACUUGACGCCCCUAGAAAAGACGGCACUGCUUCCUGAUUAUGACUAUCAAAUCACCUUGGAUGUGAAAAUGGAUAAUUUAGGUGAUGGCGUUAACUACGCUUUCUUCAACAAUAUUUCUUAUGUUGCUCCUAAAGUUCCAACUCUGGUGACCGCGAUCACCGCACCAAAGCAUCUUGUGAAGAAUCCCUCAAUUUAUGGUGAAAAUGUGAAUCCAUUUAUCCUGGAGUAUGGGGAGGUUGUAGAAGUCGUUGUUAACAACUAUGACGAUGGCAGACAUCCAUUCCACAUGCACGGGCAUAAUUUCCAAGUCGUUCAAAAAUCUCCGAGCUUUUUGGAGGACCCCUCGGGUAAUGGCGAAGAUGGUGAACCGAUUCCUUAUAAUAGCAGCUCACCGUUGAUGGAAUUUCCUGACUUUCCCAUGCGUAGAGACACUGUUGUUUUGGAGCCAAAUGGGCAUAUUGUACUAAGGUUUGUGGCCAACAAUCCGGGCAUCUGGAUGUUUCACUGCCACGUCGAUUGGCAUCUUGAACAGGGUCUCGCGGCUCUUUUCAUUGAGGCUCCUUUGCAAUUGCAAGCAAACGAAGCUUUAACUGAAAACUUCAAGCAAGUUUGUUCGACAGGUGACGUGCCAGUAGCAGGGAAUGCUGCUGGGCAUGUCGACGAUUGGCUAAAUCUGGCAGGGCUUCCAAGGCAACCCGAUCCUUUGCCGGAGGGCUUCACAUGGAAAGGUUAUGUUGCGUUUGUCAUGUCAUGCUUUGUUGGUAUCUGGGGUCUCCAGACCAUCGUGCAUUAUGGACUCAGCGAGUCUAUUCAAGAUGAUGAGUCAAUGUACAACAAACUUAAGGAAUUACUUGAGGAGCCAGCGGAAUCAAAUUAG